AUGGCUUCAAUGUCAUCCACGUGGGAAGUGCGCUUCAGCAACUCGAAGCAGCUGCCUUACUUUCACGAUCCCAGCACUGGCGCAUCAUCCUGGGAGCCUCCUUCGGAGCUAUCGGACUCUCAGAUCAGAUCCUUGCCCGGUGCGGCGCAAUACUUGGGUGGAGGGGCGAGCGCUACUAAUGGUAGCUCGGCAGGUGGACAUGCUGGCCAAGUGAGGGCUAGCCAUUUGCUCGUCAAGCAUCGAGAAAGCAGAAGACCCAGCUCGUGGAAAGAGUCGAACAUCAUCCGCAGCCCUGCUGAAGCGGAGGAGAUCCUCAAGGGUCAUUUGACCUCCCUUGGCGCCAACCCUACACCGGAGAAGUUUGCCGAGCUGGCCAAGGUUCACUCGGAUUGCUCGUCGGCCAGAUCAGGUGGAGACCUCGGUUUCUUUGGCAAGGGACAAAUGCAGAAAGCGUUUGAGGACAAUACGUACGCUCUGCAGGUCGGCCAGCUCAGCGACAUUGUCUCUACCGACAGCGGCAAGCAUCUCAUCCUGCGUACCGCAUGA